UUUCAUAGCCAGAGGGAGGGACAGAGAGAGUGGGAGAGAGAACCUCUACUCCCUCACACACUCACACACACACGCAGAGUCCACAAAACUCAGAAGAAAAUAAAUUAACAAAAAAAAAAAGGAGAAGGAAAGCUAGCAAAGUCCCUCUCUUAACCAAAAAAAAAAAAAAGCUAGCAAAGUCCCUCUCUUAACCAAAAAAAAAAAAAAAAAAAGCUUUAGGGGGUUAGAAAUUGGGUAUCAAAUACUUUUUGAGGGUUUUAGAACAGGAAUUAGGACUGGAAUUUCUGAUGGGGAAGGGUUCGAAGAGCAAUUGCAAGUCGGCAUCGCACAAGCUCUUCAAGGACAAAGCGAAAAAUCGUGUGGAUGACCUGCAAAGUAUGUUCAUGGACCUGCAAUUUGCAAGGAAAGAAAGCCGCACGAGUGAUGCGGCGGUCUUGGAAGAACAAGUCCAUCAGAUGCUCCGUGAAUGGAAAGCGGAGCUCAACGAUCCCUCUCCAGCAUCGUCUUUGCAACAAGCUGGUAGUCUUGGGUCUUUCUCUUCCGACAUUUGUCGGUUGUUGCAGCUUUGCGAGGAGGAAGAUGACGCCACUAGUCCAUUGGCUGCACCAAAGCCUGAGCCUAACGAUCAAGGCUUCCAAGUCGGAGAAAGCGUGGUUUUUAAUAAUGAGGGGUUUAGCAUGAAUCAGGUGCAACAGGAACAUGACUUUCCACUGGUUGAAUGCAAAAACUCUACCUCAGGGGUUGGCAAUGUUGCAGUUCACAAUAUGGAAGGGGCUAAUAGUUUAGACUUUCAGCAGUUUGAUAUGCAUCAAGACUUUGGGAACCACUACUAUACUGGUUUUAGUGGUACAGGUUUGUGUGCGGAGGAUGGGUUGCCUCAUAUUUCUAGCUAUCUACCUAGUAUGUGUCCUCCGCCUUCUGCUUUCUUGGGCCCAAAAUGUGCACUUUGGGAUUGUCCAAGGCCUGCCCAAGGAUUGGACUGGUGUCAAGACUAUUGCAGUAGCUUUCAUGCUGGUCUGGCAUUGAAUGAAGGACCACCUGGCAUGGGUCCAGUCCUACGACCUGGAGGCAUAGGCCUGAAGGAUGCAUUACUCUUCGCUGCACUCGGUGCUAAGGCGCAAGGAAAAGAUGUUGGUAUCCCAGAGUGUGAGGGAGCUGCAACUGCAAAAUCUCCAUGGAAUGCACCGGAACUUUUUGAUCUAUCAGUUCUGGAUGGGGAAACAAUUAGGGAGUGGCUCUUUUUUGACAAGCCUCGAAGAGCAUUUGAGAGUGGUAACAGAAAGCAGAGGUCAUUGCCAGAUUACAAUGGAAGAGGCUGGCAUGAGUCUAGGAAGCAAGUGAUGAAUGAACAUGGAGGGCUGAAGAGAUCUUACUAUAUGGAUCCACAACCCUUGAGCAAUUUUGAAUGGCACCUUUAUGAGUAUGAGAUCAACAAGUGCGAUGCAUGCGCAUUAUAUCGAUUAGAAUUGAAACUUGCUGAUGGGAAGAAAGGCUCCAAGGGGAAAAUAACAAAUGAUUCAGUUGCUGAUCUGCAAAAGCAGAUGGGAAGACUUUCUGCUGAGUUCCCUGCUGAGAACAAACGCUCUGUUAAGGGAAGAACCAAAGUUAAUGCAAAGGUUGGUGCGGAAAAUGUUUAUUCAGCUCCAAAUCGUGUGGGAGCAGCUAAUGGGAUGUAUGAUACCGGGCUAGGUGCAUCAUACGAUUAUUAUGUGGAAAAUAUAGGUGAGUAUUACCUGACAUGACUGAGGAAACUUGGAUGAGCAUGGAAUAAGCUUCAUGUCGCUAGUUUGGCUUAUAUUAGGCGGUGGUGGGGUCUUCGUGUUAUCACCUAAUUGGCUCAAUCUUCAGUUUUUAUGGUUUUUUGUUUUCUUUUUUUAUCUUUGAUAACAUGAAGUCAAGCUCAUUUUUGGCUCGAUGAAGAUAAUGUGAAUAGCUCAUUCUCGCAUGGAAGUUACUGCAUUAUUGACACCGGAGCAUGUCCUAACCUCUUGGAGAUGGUUACACUUAGAAGUCACCAUUUAGCCUUGGUAAAUUCUUAUUACUAAUUAAGAAAUGGUGAACGCUAGAAGCCGAUAGUGUCACCAGACUACUUUUACAGUAUAGCCUGACUCCUGAGGUCUCAAACAUUUUACUAGCGUUGUAGGAAGUUUGAAGUCUAUGUCCAUGAAUGACAAUAUCUGCAAUGUGUCUGGGUUAUUGGGUAUAUAAUGUUAUCUAUUUCUAGGCCUUAGGAGUAAAUUUUGGAGGGUUUUUUGGUUCUCCCAGCUAUCAACCAAAUAUAUGUAAUGAAUGACAGUUUCGCCGUC